AACAGAAUUCACCGUAUCCGCACCAUGCCUCUGAACAUCGUCGUCAUCGGAGCUGGGCUUGGUGGACUGGCCGCCGCCCUCUCCGUCAAGCAAGAGUCACCUGACCACGAUGUCCUCGUCGUGGAGUCGGCUCCCGUACUAGCCGAGAUCGGCGCAGGCCUUCAGCUCACACCCAACGCGACACGCCUGCUUCUUCGAUGGGGUCUCAAGCCUAGCCUGGAGAAGCUGGCGAGCAGUCCAGAGGAGUUCCUUAUCCGCCGGUUCGAUGGCCGCAAGUCUCUCGGCGAGCGAAAGGGUUUCGCCGCAGAGAUGCUUGACAAGUAUCGGUCUCCCUACUGGGAUAUGCACCGAGCCGAUCUGCAACUCGCAAUGUUUGAGCGGGCCAAGAGCCUCGGCGUCCGCUUCCAGUUCGGUACUCUGGUCAAGGACGUGGAUCUUUCCAUUCCCCAGUUGAUAACCGACAAGGGCGACAAGAUCACCGGAGAUCUGGUGAUAGCUGCAGAUGGACUGUGGUCUAACACCCGAUCCAAGGUUCUCGGUAGGCCUAGCCGUCCUAUACCCACGGGCGACCUGGCGUACCGUAUUGUCCUCAAAUCCGAGGAUGUCGAGGAUCAGGAGCUGCUUGAAUUUAUGCAAAAGCCUCGAGUCUGCCUUUGGGCCGGCCCAGACUGCCAUGCCAUUUACUACCCUCUCAGGAACAACACUAUGGCCAACAUCGUCCUGCUGGUUCCAGACAACCUGCCAGACAAUGUAGCAAAGAUGCCAGGCGAUCUUUCCGAGAUGAAGGAGAUAUUCGCCAAGUGGGAUCCGCUGCUGCAAAGGUUUCUAACUCAAGUCAAUAAGAUCGAGAAAUGGAAGCUGAUGCAUCUUGACGAACUGGAGCGCUGGUAUAACAACGAAGCAACAGUUGUAUUCCUAGGCGAUGCCUGUCAUCCGAUGCUGCCGUACAUGGCACAAGGAGCUGGCUCUGCCAUUGAGGACGGUGCCGCAUUAGGGGUCCUUCUUUCUAAGGCAAAGAGCAAGGAGCAACUGCCUGAUACUCUGAAGGCAUAUCAAAGUCUGAGAGUUCCUCGGAGCACUGCGCUGCAGAAGGGUAGUAUGAAGCAGAGACAUAUCAACCACUUGCCCGAUGGUCCAGAGCAAGAGGAGAGAGACCGACUUGCCGAAUCUCAACUCUACGAUCAGCGACCUGGAUACCCAUUCUAUUGGAUCGAUCCAAGCGCACAAGACGCUGUAUACGGAUAUGAUGUCAUUGCUGAGCUUGAGAAGAUUGGGGUUAAGACGACUCAUCACUGUAAGAGACAGCGACAGCUAGAUUGGAGCAAGGGAUAG